ACUAGAAAAAAAAAAGAAAACAAAGGCAUUUGACACGAGAGUACGUUAGAUGAGUUUAAGUCAUAAGCUUAGUCAGUUGUAUUAUCCUGCUAUGGACGAUAUUAUUUUUAAAAGUUAGAAACGAAUACUAUAACAUAAUAUAUAAUAUUAAUACAUCUAUUAUUUAUAAUUUGAUCAAAAGUUAUACAAUAAAACAGUGAAGAUGUUUUGGGGUUUAAUAAUGGAGCCAAAAAAACGAUAUAGUCAAACCGUUGAAAUACCAUUUCACUUGUCUAUGGCAACUUUGGAUACUACAACCGGCAAUGAUGAAAUAGUGCAAGUUACGAUAACUUACAAUGAUACGAAUUAUUUACUUUGUAAUCUGAAAAAAAGCACAAUGUGGCAAGUAUCACUUGACUUGAAUUUUGAAAAAGGAAAUGAAAUAACUUUUAUAUGUAAUGGUGAGAGUUAUGUACAUUUAACUGGAUAUUUGAAUCAUAAAUUAAUUUUGAAAGAACAAGAAGAACGAAAUGAAGAUUCACAAAUAGCUAAUAAACAAAUAAAAAGAAAAGCAAUGCAUUAUCCUAAUGUAUCUUCAAAACCAAAACGAAUGAAAUGUGAAAUUGAAUCUUCGGAUGAGUUACAAUCUGAUUACAGUGAAUAUAUAACUGGGACUGAGAGUGAAGAAGAAGAUAAUGAUGAAGAUGAAGAUGAAUAUGAAGAUGAAGAAGGAAUAGGAAUAGAUGAAAUGGAUGAUAGCUUUGAAGCUGAUGAUGAUGAUGAAGAACUUUGUUUAAAUAUGGAGUCUAUUGAUGUCUCUGAAGACAAAGAAGAAAUUGAAGAAGAUACUGAAAAAGAAAAUAAACUUAUCAAACGAAAUAAAAAAAACAAACAAAUCCAACAACAAGAUAAGAUGCAAGAUGAAAGAAAAUUAAUGUCUGAACAGGAAGAUGAAGAAAGAAAACAAGAUAGAAAACAACAAAAGAAAAAAUUGAGAACACAAAAUGUUCUAAGAGAGAUAAAGAAAACUAAACCUAUAAGAAUAAAAGAUAUAAAGAUAGGCAAUGGAGCAGUUGCAAAAUCAGGAAAAUUGAUCUCCAUUUAUUAUACGGGUAAAUUAAAGAAUGGCAAGAAAUUUGAUGAGAGUAAACAAGGAAAUGGUUUUAAAUUUAAACUUGGAAGAAAUCAAGUGAUUAAAGGAUGGGACAUAGGUAUAAUAGGUAUGAAAGUUGGCGGAAAGAGGCAAAUUAUAAUUCCUCCUGCUAUGGGAUAUGGUGCUAGAGGUUUGCCCCCUUAUAUUCCUGGAAAUAGUACACUUGAAUAUGAAAUUGAAUUAAGAAAUGUUCAAUGAUAUUUAAAAAAAUCUUAUUAUGAUUUGAUUAAUUUCCAAGCUUGUGAUUACUAACAGUAUCUGAUUAACGCGAAACAAGUAAAACGAAUUUUUGGUUAGUUUCAAAUAAUAAUAUUAUUCAAAUUGUAUUCGAUAAGAUGUGAUAGCAGAUGCAACACAAUUAUUAUAUGUGAUAUUUAAUAUAUUUUAACCUUAUGUAUGUCAAAUAUGUUGAAAUAAGUGAUAUAAACAAAUUUUAUUAUUAAAUUAAAAAAGAAACAUUAUGUUUAUUGUUACAUUAUCAUUCUAGCUAUUAGACAAUUAAUA